AUGUCGAAUGUUGUGACCGCAGUCCAAAGGCAACAACCACCACUCAAUCGUAUCGUGGACCUAAGACAAGCUUUGGAGGAAGGUUUCUUGAAUACCAAGGCUAUGGGUUCAUCCACGGCUUGUAUUGUGACUUUCAGGGAUUAUUAUUUACGUGCUAUCAACGUGGGAAACAGUGGGUUUAUGAUUUUCAGGAACAGUAAAUGUGUGUACAAAUCGCUGAUACAACAACAUGGUUUUAACUAUCCGUACCAGUUGGGAAAUAGCAUGACAUGUGAUAAGCCACGUUCAGCUAUUGUAACAACAGUGGAACGUUUAUUACCUGGAGACAUUAUAGUUCUUGGAACUGGUGGGCUUCUAGACAAUAUGUUCACUGCAGAAAUCGAAGAUAUUAUCAGUAAGGGAACUUUGGAAGGUGUAAACACACAGAAGUUGGCUUCCACUAUUGCACACUUGGCAUUGUUCAAUUCCAUGGAUGAAAAUGUCGAUAGCCCAUUUGCACAAGCUGCUCGGCUGGCUGGACUGAAGCACAACGGAGGAAAGAGAGAUGAUAUUACGGUUAUUGUUGGCCAUGUUAUUGCAUAG